AUGACGCAGGUGGAGCAAUUGCUGGACGAUCAGCAUGCCGUCCAGGAAAAUGAAUCGUCGAUGGUCGUCAUCGACGAGAGAGCGGCCGAUGAUAUUAAGAUCCUUUAG